UAAUGAAUAUUCAAUCUUUUGGUCACAAAAUAAUAAAAGCGACAGACCAAAAAAAAAGGGAAAGAGAGUGAAGUAGUGUGAGCAGGUGAGAACCCAACCAAACUCCUCUGUCAAUCAAUAAAACCUCUCAAAGUUGGAACCUUUCAAAGCUUUUGUCUUCUUCUUCACAGUCACCGCUCCUUGACUUGACCAACAACGAUGCUCUGUAUCAAAGCCGAAGCUCUUCAUGAAGAAGAUCAUCACACCCCUGCUGCUUCCUCUUCUUCUUCUUCUCCUACCACCGAUCGUAGCACCGCCAAUGCCACUUUUCGUCUUCCUAUCAAUUGGGGAAGCUCGAUCCGGAGGUAUUUGAAGAAGUCUGGUACAUUUUCAAGAAGAUCUUACUCCUCUGGAGAUGGCUCUUUGUAUUUUCCUGAUCUCGAUCAGGAAAGCAAGAUGCUUGAUCAAACUAGUAGUAGAUUUGAAGGAAAGAGCAAGUUAUGGUACAAAUGUGAGCUUGAACAAGAUGUCAAGAGACUGCAGCAGCAGUUACAAGAGGAGAUCAACUUACGGUUAGCUCUAACAAGCGCAGUUGAGCAUUCUAGUUCUCCGUUCAUGGAUUCGCCUUGUGAACUUCCAGAUAAGGCACAAGAGCUUUUGGACAGCUUAGCAAUACUGGAAAUCACGGUGUCGAAGCUUGAGCAAGAAUCAGUUUCCUUGAGAUAUCUACUUAGGCAAGAGAAAAACGAGCGGCGUCUCACUGAGAUUCUACAAAAGAAGUCUCAUUAUUCUGCACCCUCAAAGUUCACUGGUGCCCAAAGUUUCCCUAACAAGUGACAAGGAAAAAAGAGUAUAAACAAGUGGUUUCUGUGGAUAGUACUGAAGCUUUACAAGUAGAAUGAAGAAGGAAAGAGUGAUUAAUUUGAUCUUAGGCAUAGCCAUAUUGGCUGAUCAACUCCAUGAGCUAAAAAUCUUUCUUCUCUGAGUCAAAGAGAUUUGUAAGUGUCUUCUGGCUUCUGGUGCUAGAAUCGCCUUUCAGACUCACCCGAGCUGGUCCUUGAACAUCUCUCCAUCAAGAACUCUUAAAUCUAAGGAAGGAUUCACAGAUCUUUUUACUCGGUGCUUAGCAAAUGUGGCAAAAUUAGAUAAGGUAAUGUGGGGUAAGGUUGAUAGGACAGUUUAUGCCCCUGCAGGAGCAGCAAUUAGGAGCUUGUAUUCUGUUUUUAAACAUAAUGCAUUGUGUGGUAGGGUUUAUAACCACUAAGGGGAUUAUUGGUUGUAUAAGUCGUGCCCCUUUGAUUUAUAGUAGAGUAGAUAAGUCUUCACCCC